AUGCAGAAACAACCCCCCUUAGAAGCUGGUUUGGCAAUAAGAAAAUGGAGGAUAGCAUAGCAAAAAGAUGGAAAAAUCUUAGUGGUCAAAAUAAUUGGAAGGACCUAUUGGAUCCUCUAGACAUUGAUCUCCGGCGAUACAUUAUUCACUAUGGCGAAAUGGCUCAAGCUACUUAUGAUGCUUUCAAUACCCAGAAAGCAUCAAAAUUUGCCGGAAGCAGCCUAUAUGCUAAGGCUGAUCUUUUCUCCAAGGUUGGUUUAGAGAAAGGCAAUCCAUACAUGUAUUCCGUGACAAAAUUUUUCUAUGCAACAUCAGAAAUCUCACUUCCUGAGGCAUUUAUCAUCAAGUCGUUGUCCAGGGAGGCUUGGAGCAAAGAAUCCAAUUUUGUUGGGUAUGUUGCUGUGGCCACUGAUGAAGGGAAGGCUCUAUUAGGGAGGAGGGAUAUUGUGAUUGCCUGGAGAGGUACAGUACAGGCCUUAGAGUGGGUUGAUGAUUUUGAGUUUCUUUUAGUCUCAGCUUCGAAAUUACUCGGCGAUUCCGGUGAUCCUAAGGUGCAUCAUGGUUGGCACUCCAUCUACACUUCUGAGGAUCCUCGAUCACCUUAUAAUAAAAGCGGUGCUAGAGACCAGGUUCUUAGUGAGGUGAGAAGACUUGUGGAACAAUUCAAGAAUGAAGAAAUCAGCAUUACAGUAUGUGGGCAUAGCUUAGGAGCUGCACUUGCAACACUAAAUGCAGUUGAUAUAGUUGCCAAUGGAUUUAACAAGUCCGAUUAUUUUUGGAGCAAAUUGUGCCAAUCCAUUAUCAUUAUCAUAUAA